AGUUCAUGAGGCUGAGGAGGCCACGGCCGUGGAUCUGGGUGCCCUGCUGGACGCCAGAGACGGCGCUGUGGUGACUCUGCUGGCCGGGGACAAUACACAGCUAGUGGUACACAGGGCUAUCUUGGCCGCCAGGAGCGCUGUGUUUGCGGGCAUGCUCCGUCGUCUCACCUUAGAGGCCAGCAGCAGCCAGCUCGCACUCUCCGACAUAGAGGGCCCUGUGCUGCGCCAGGUGCUGGCACACCUCUACACCCUCCAGCCCCCACAGCUGCCCAGCAUGGCGCCGCAGCUGCUGGUCGCCGCUGAUCAAUACGGCUUGUCAGUACUGAAGGUGCAGUGCGAGCAACAGGUGGCCGCGCAGCUGUCUGUCGAGACUGCAUCAGCCACAGGUGUUCUCGCGAUUAGGCACUCCGCUAACAUGCUGAAGCAGGCUGCCGUCGCCUUCAUAAAGGCCCACUUGCUCAGUGUGAUGGCGACGCAGGGCUGGGAUGAGGCUGUAGUCAACGACCCACAAACUUUUAUGGAGUUGGUUCACCUGAUUGCAGAGACACCGACAGACACCAGAAAUCUAUCUGGAGACAUGAAGGGCGAGAUGCUGAUUGCGGCAGCUAAGGAGGGGUCAGUGAGCAAAGUGCGAACGUUACUGGCAAUGGGGGCGGACGUGGAGGCGAAGGACGAGAACAAGCUGACAGCAUUGCACUGGGCAGCAGUCAUGGGGCACGGGGAGGUGGCGGCCCCUUCUUCUGCCGACCACAACGCCAUGGAUCAAAGUGGGAGCACGCCACUGCACGAUGCAGCACGGCGUGGCCGUGCAGAGGCGGCGGCUGCACUGUUAGAGGCAGGGGCCAACAGGGAAGACAGGAAUUAUGGUGGGGACACGCCGCUGGACCUAGCCGAGCGGAACAACCACCAGUCGCUCAUAGACAUCCUAAGAUCAAGCUGA